AUGUGCGGCAACUACUACGGCGGCUGCGGCUACGGCUGCGGCUACGGCUCUGGCUGUAAAUACGGCUGUGGCUACGGCUCUGGCUGUGGCUACGGCUGUGGCUACGGCUCCCGCUAUGGCUGCGGCUAUGGCUGCGGCUACGGCUCUGGCUGUGGCUACGGCUGUGGCUACGGCUCCCGCUAUGGCUGCGGCUAUGGCUGCGGCUACGGCUCUGGCUGUGGCUACGGCUGUGGCUACGGCUCCCGCUAUGGCUGUGGGUAUGGCUCUGGCUGCUGUGGCUACUAG